CGAUUGCUCAUAAACGAUAGACUUCUUGAGGAAACCGCAUCUGCCGAGCAGACCCGUGCUCAAUUUGUCGUCAAUUUGUCCCACUGUUCUCAAUUUCUACUUGUUUCGCUCCUGCUUCAUUCGACACUGCGUACGCAGGCUUUCUCCUCCCCGACACAGCUUCACGACCACGCAUACAGGAACUUUUUUAUUCCCAACUCACACCUCUAGACACGUCCGCAGACAACCGCAAUCAUGUCUGAAGUCACCAACGAGAAGGCGGAAGCCGACAACAACAACGUCCUCACAAUUACUCGGCCCUCGCCAACUCGUCAAGUCUCGAACCAAUCCAUCAACGUCAUGUCCACGAUCGAAGAUAUCGAUUCCACGCACAGCAUGACUCCUCCUCCCACAGCCCACAACGAGAAGUUCCCUAAUGCCACGUCCUCGCCCUACUACAACCCUCGAACGCCGGCCUCCGAAUCGAAGCAAAACAUCAACGCCGUCCACCCCUUCGACCAAGAUCUCGAGGCACAAACCCUGACCCAACAAAAGACCGAGGCGAGCCAGAGCAAGACGGGCCUGUUGAAGAAGAAAUGCACAACGACUGUUGACCCAGCGUGGCCUGGACGGGAUCAAUUGAAGAUGCGAAAGAAGCAGUUGAAGCGGGAGAAGGCGUGCUGUGGGUGGUGGGUCGCCAUGAGCAGCAGAAAGAAGACCAUGGUUAAGGUGCUCGUCUUCCUGGUGGUCGUUGCGUUGGCGACUGGCCUCGGAAUUGGCAUCAGCAGGGCUUUGAACACGGGAGUGUGGACAAAAUCGGGAUCGAAUACACCAAUUCAAUAAAGGAUCGUGGCUGAUGCUCCGGCAUCGUCCUUCGCAUUUCUUCGAUCUCU